AUGGAUAAAGACAUUUCUAGCGUAGUAACUCAGUACAUUAUCUGUGAAUGUGGUGAUAAUUUUCCCAAUGAAAAGUUCCUGAAUAUACAUCUGGCGAACAAUCAUGGUGAAGUGGAAACCUUUCUAUGCGAUGAAUGCCCCGAAGCCUUCACCAGCAACAACAGCCUCAGCUACCACAAAAGAAGCCAUGAGAAGACUAGACAAGCGCCCGGGAGACCCGAGACCAUCAAGACUUACUCUCGGAAGACUCCGCAGAAGAUGGUUGAGAAGAAGCCUCCGAUCCUCAAGCUCAAGAACUUGAAGAGGAUUGAUUCCAUCAGUUUGAUAGAGAAUUUGAAAUCACUGGGAGGGUUCAUCAAAAUCGAGCCCGCCCCAGACCCUGAACCAGAGCCGGAACCAGAACCAGAGCCGGAACCGGAGCCGGAGCCCGAGCCAGUCCUCGAGGAUAUGGAUGAGGGGCAGGUGGUGGUGAAGAAUGAGGCUACGGAGGAAAAUGAGGAGACGGAGGAGAUAUACUACCAGUGCGAUGUGUGCAACUCCAUCUUCUACACGGAAUGGGAUUUCAACAUCCACUACCAGAGCAAGCACGCACUGAAGCUGGAGCCCAGCUCCUCCGCCGAGCUAAUCUUGGAGCAGCACCUCGUCAGCGACCACGGGGUAGAGAGCAUCAAGGUGGAGGCCGAGACUGAAGAAACGGCUUAUUACUAUGAGUGUGAACUGUGCCACAAGAUCUUCGCGAGCGAGAAGUACUUCAACGUGCAUUACAACAAGACGCACAGCGGAGCCCUGCUGCCCGCCACCGAGGAAGACGAGAUAAUAGAAGAGCAAGCGCAGGAGGAGCCUGCGCCCGCGCCGGAGACCAAGCCCAAGGCCCCCGAGCAGGUCAUCUACUACAAAUGUGACCUGUGCAAAAUCCUGUACCCGAGCGAGAAGGCGUACAACUUGCAUUUCGACAAGAAGCACGGUGGGCAAAGUUGCCAGGACGCCCAGCCCACCGGGUUCCAGCUGUUGGAACAAGAGCUGGCAGAGGAUUGUGGCAACACGGUGCCUUUGGAAGUAUUCUCGUGUGAAUUCCACGGUGGGCAAAGUUGCCAGGACGCCCAGCCCACCGGGUUCCAGCUGUUGGAACAAGAGCUCGCAGAAGACUGUGGCAACACGGUGCCUUUGGAAGUAUUCUCGUGUGAAUUCUGCUCAAAAACGUAUACGAUGAAGCGCUCCAUCCAGCUCCACCGCAAGCGCGUGCACGCCGAGCAGCUGCGCCGGCACGCCGAGCAGCACAGGGCCGCCAACCGGAGCAAGGUGUGCGACGUGUGCGGCCGCGCCUACAACUCUAACGCCGCGCUGCGCUACCACCAGCGCCGUCACACCGGGGAGAAACCCUACGCCUGCAAUAUCUGCCCCAAGAAGUUCACCAUGCCCAUGUUCUUGCAGAUCCACAUCAGAACACACACGGGGGAGAAACCAUACGAGUGCCCGCACUGUCCGAAAGCUUUCACCAACAAGGCGGCGCUCAUCAGACACGACCGGGUCCACACCGGCGUGAAGCCCUACCAAUGCCCGGAGUGCGGUAAGUUUUUCACGCAGUCCAACUCCAUGAAGCUCCACGUGAGCACCGUGCACCUCAAGCUGCCGGCGCCCUACAAGAGCGCGUCACGGCGCAACCGUAGUGAGGCCCGGGCGCGCCAGAGGGCGCUCAAGGACCCCGGGCAUGAGGAGCUCGUUCUAGGGGAUUAG